AAGCUCAUGACUUGAUCUUCGUUUUCCUGAUUUCACUGUCACACAGAUAUCGUGGCCGUCUCAAAGACUGAAACUUGAAGAAGAGGUUAAAACUUUAACAACAGAGACCAUUCACUAUGCCCACUCUAAAGCAUCCACACAGUCCCAAUACCCCCACUUCCGUCUCCACCAAGAUGCUGGAGCGAGUCCUCUCGUCCCGCCGCGCUUCUCCCCACCCCGACGACGUCGUUUCCGACUCCGACACUUUAACCAUCUCCGGUGACGAGUCCAAGACCAAAAAACAGAGCCUUUCCUUAUUGGCUGCCAAUUACAUGUCCCGCUUAUCCCAUGUCUGUCCUUGUCCUACUCCGUGUCUCAUCCUCUGCCUCCUCGUUGCUUUUCUGUCCAUUGCAUCUCUGCUCUUUCAUUCGCGAAAGUUCGUCUGCGUUUCUCCUUUCGAUCCCAAGGUUCGGGUCGGAUUUUUCGGGCUUGAUGGUCUCGAGUCGGACUUCGGAGCCCUCGGUGUUCCUUGGUGCAGAUCGAAACAUGGAAAAACAGUGGAGUGGACAUCCAAGAAUUUAAUCAAGGGCUUGGAAGAGUUCGUGCCUAUAUAUGAAACUAGGCCAAUAAAAAACAACAUGUAUGGAAUGGGUUUUGACCAUAGCUUUGGACUAUGGUUUAUGGCAAGGUGGCUAAAGCCAGAUCUGAUGAUUGAGAGUGGUGCUUUCAAAGGGCAUUCCACUUGGGUUUUGCGACAAGCAAUGCCAGGCACACCAAUUAUUUCACUUUCACCCAGACAUCCUGAGAAAUACCUAAAAAAGGGGCCAGCUUAUGUUGAUGGAAACUGCACAUACUUCGCUGGAAAAGAUUUUGUGGACUUUGGAAGUGUUGAAUGGGAGAGUGUGAUGAAGAAACAUGGGAUUACUGAUCUCAGUCGAGUUCUUAUCUUCUUUGAUGACCAUCAAAAUGAAUUAAAAAGAGUAAAGCAGGCACUGAAUGCUGGAUUUAAACAUGUUAUUUUUGAGGAUAACUAUGAUACUGGAACUGGAGAUCACUAUUCCUUAAGGCAGAUAUGUGAUCAGUCCUAUAUAAGAGGAGGUGGUCAUAGCUGCUUUAGCGAUAGCGAUGAAAGCAGGAUUAGAUCAAAAAGGAAGAAAUUCUGGGAGAAGGCAGUUGAUAUAGAUGAACUGUGUGGUCCGGAUGAAGCAUGGUGGGGCGUUAGAGGCUGGAUGCGGGAUAACUUCAAUCACAGUAACAAGCCAAUUUCCUAUGCAGAACAUUUUCAGAACAGCCGGUUUAUUGAAUCUAUCCUCGAUGUUUAUUGGGAGCUUCCCCCAGUAGCUGGUCCUUCCCUCACCCAUCAGACAAGAUAUGAUCCUGCUCGAACUACACCACCUAUUGUUGAAGAUGGUCGCUAUGGCCUGUUCCAGCGGCUUGGUCUAGGUAGACUAGAAACAUCUGUAUUUAAUGGCUAUACCCAGAUGGUAUAUCUUCAAAUCUCUGAACAAGAAUCUUAAAGCUAUGGAGAGUGGAUGAUGGAGCUAUUACUUUUGCGUGGAUUGAAACACAGGUUGUUAAUAUUACUGUUUUUUCGACAUGUUUUCAGACCCUUUCCUCCCUAGUGUUCAUUCAGUUUUCCUGAUUACUUACCAUGACUUCAUUUUUAUUCCAACAUGUUUGGGCAAUUUCCAGUUAAUAUCUAUUCCUUUAUUUGCCAUCUUCAA